AUGAGGGAGGGGACGCCAGGGCAGCGUGGUGGCCACCGGAGGGGCAGAUGGAGGGAUCCGCUCUGUGCGGGUGGGGGGAGAGAGAAGGGGGAUGCCGAGGGAGGGCAGGGGGAGGCGGAGAGCCUGGUGGACCUGGGCUUCCAGGGCCGAGGCGUCCCCAAGGUGGUGGGUGUGGUGGGGGACGGUCACUGGAUCCAGGGCAGGGUGGUGGUGAACACAGACCAUGGGGAGGUCUACCUCUAUGAGGGGGGGCGGUGGGGUCUCCUAUGGGAGGGGGGUCCUGAGUUUCAGUCCUACUGUGUGAUGGAGGUGCUAAGGGUGAGGGGUUGGGGGGCUGCUGCAUCCAGGGAGGGGCUGUGUGCUUUAGGCAGCCUCAGUGGAGGGGUGCAGGUCUUCCCCCUGUCGCAGCCUGGCGCGGGGGUGUUGCUGAGGGCAGGGCCAGGGAAAGUCCACAGUGUGCUGUGGGUGAAGGGCCAGGGUCGAGGGGGGUACCUGCUGGCAUCCGGAGCAGAGGGCCUGGUCCAUCGUUGGCAGGUGGAGGUAGAGAUGAGAGACACUGGACUGGCUCUCAGGGUGGAACCACUCUGUCCUCUCCUUCUGCCUCCCUGUGCCAAACGCUGGCUCACUGCUGUAGUUUACCUCAACCGCCCACAGGGGGCACUGUGGGUAUGUGGAGACAGGAGAGGAUCACUGCUGCUGUUUGAAGAGAGUGAACACCAUCAAGAGAAGAAGAGGGGAGCUGGAGACGAGCAUGAGGAUGAAGAGAUGGGAAGAGAGGCACAUAAUGGGCUGGUUGAAAGCCAUGAUGAAAAGGGGGACGUGGUAGUCGGAGAGGAGGAUGAGGAGAGAGAGGCCAGCAGGGCAGGGCUGACCCUCCAGCCUGUGAGCUCUCUGUUUGGGGUGCACGGAAAGCAGGGGGUGACGUGGGUGUCGGAGCACCGGGGGCUGCUGUACAGUGCGGGGAGAGAUGGCUGUGUGAGGGUCCUCCGGGUUGGACCAGAGGGACUGGAGGUUCUGAGGGUCCAGCGGGCCUGCAGGGGGAUGGAGUGGCUGGAGAGAGUUCUGCUUCUGGAACCCCAGGACUCUGAAGAGGAGCAGAGGGCCCAGGAACCAGAAGGGAGUGGGAAAGAGGCCCGCUUUGUGAUCGUGGGCUUCCACUCGGUCCACUUUGUGGUGUGGGACCCCGUGAGGCAGGAGAGGCUGCUGUCAGUGCCCUGUGGAGGAGGCCAUCGGUCCUGGAGCUACUGCCCCCACCAGGACGGCCUCUCUAUGGGCCAGGGGGCCCUGGUGUUCAUCAAGCAGGGGGUGGUCCUGGCCUCUGAACCCUCUGGGGAAGCACCCAGCCGGGCAGGGAGCCUGGACCUGAGACAGGGGCUGCACGGCAGGGGAGUGGGCUGUGUGUGUCGCUUGGGGGUAGUGGGGGAGGCUGGAGAGGGCCGCUGGGAGGUGCUGGUGACCGGAGGAGAGGACACCAGCUUGACCGUCCUGGCGGUGCGACUGCAGACGGGCGCGGUCAGAGUGCUGUCGGUCAUCACCGACCACAUCUCGAAUGUUCGGACUCUGACAGCAGUCAAACGUUUGGACAGAGGGACAGAUGAACAGACAGCAGCACAGUCCCUCUCUGCACUGCUGGUAUCUGCAGGUGGGCGGGCACAGAUGCAGUGCUACCGGCUACUGAUUGGAGGAAAUGGACAGUUAGGCUUGCCCUCCUGUCAGGUGAUACAGGUGGCCAGCCACCGAUUGGACGAUCAGUGGGAGAGAAUGCGGAACCGACACAAGACUGUGAAAAUGGACGCAGAAACCAGGUACAUGUCCAUUGCCGUGGUGGAUGAUGUGACAGAGUCGGUCCUCCUGGCGUUGGCCUGCAGUGAUGGAGCUGUGAGGCUCUUCUCAGUCAGUGAGUUGAGGGGGAAAUUUGAGCUCCUGUGGGAGAGUUUCCACCACGAGAGAUGUGUACUCAGCAUCGCCACCUGCAGCCUGGAGGAUGGACAGGGCAAUCGACGUGUGUUCCUCUUCAGUGCAGCCACCGAUGGAAAGAUAGCAGUGUGGGAUAUGAGCACCGUGGCCAACUCAGAAGACAAGCCCCCUACUGCGGCCCUAGCCCCAACCAGCCCCUGUCUAACAGUCCCCGCCCACCAGAGUGGAGUCAACACCCUGGCCGUAUGGGAGGAGGGCCUGGGGGCGGGACAUACAGACGAAGCCCGGAUAACAUUGGCCAGUGGAGGAGAUGACGGACAGCUGUCAGUGGCACUCAUCCGGGUGCAGUACCAGGGGGAGGCGGUAGGGGGCAGCAGAGUGUGUCUACUGCUCCAGUCUCAGUGGUCAGUGGCUUUAGCCCACGCUGCCCCUCUGACCGCCCUGAGGAUGCUGAGCCCAGGCCUGUUAGUGUCCACAUCCCCUGACCAGAGGGUGUGUCUGUGGAGGCUGGCCACUACCGGACUCAGCCAACAGGGAGCGCUCCUCUCCCACGUGGCAGACGCAGCAGGGCUGGAGGUGUGGAUUGGGGCUGAGGCUGUGUCUGGAUGUGGGGACAGAGGCUGGGUGGUUGUCUGUGGACAGGGGUUACAGCUGCUGAAGGUGACAGACAUGGAGGGUGGAGGGAACAGGGAGGGUAAAACUGGAAGAAAGAGCUGGGUGGGAGGGAGGGAGGACUGUGUGAAAGUGUCUUUACAUUAGCGUUGUCUGGAUGACAAGACAACAUGACCUGUUGUGAACUGGACCCGUGAACUAGAUUAGUUUAUUUGGAUAACUGAAAUGGUUUACGUCUAAAUGACCCAAAGAACCCAAACACCUUCAUUUCAUAAUGUACAUUUGGAUUUUGAAAUAAACUUAAUUUAAAUCAA